AUAAGUCGGGUAAACGGUCGGAUAUGAUCAGUACGAGACGAGUAGAUCAUUUGUUAAUAUUAGUUGAUCACUGUUGCAGCCAUCUACUCAUCAAAAUGAACGGAAAAUUCGUUUUGUGCAUUGCCGUCGUCUUGGUCGGACAAGCCAUGUCCGCCUCGUUAUUCGACGGAGAAGAAUUGAAGAAAAUUGUCGAACAAUUUUCCCAAUCUAGUCUGUCAGUUAGCCAGCACGUGUCAGAAUUAGUCGGAGUCACCCCCAACUCUGAUACCCAAAAGAUCAUCGACAACUAUAAGACAUACAUUACUAAGGGAACCAGUGACUUUGAAGCUGAACUUAGCAAGUUGAGAACUAUCCUACUCAAAAAUGCCGACCCAAAAAUCGCCGAGAAGAUUGAUGAAUACGAAAAGGACUUGAAGAAGUACGUCACCGAAGCCAAACAAUAUAUUGAUGAUAAAGUAGGCAAACCGAUCAAUGAUAAAUACAAGAACGACAUCAAAAAAGUUACCGACCAGAUCAUCAAGGUCACCAAAGAUGCCGAAAGUACCGUGAACAAAGCCAUCGACAGCCAGAAGAAAAACUAAAUAAUGUAUAAUUACAAACCGGUAUUUAUUUUAUAAAAAUCAUUCACGAAUUUAGUUUUAUCAUACUAGACAUAUUAUUAUUAUUUCCUCGCUAUUGUAAUACCUUUAAUAAAAUGUUUUAAAUUAAAUCAUGUCACGAUAUCAUGACUUAUA